GGCUGUUUCCAUUAUCGCAACUUAUCAUUAAGUGUAGGGAGUAAGCACCCAUAUAUAUUACAUCCAAUCUUCUAUAUUCACUCAUAAAAGAAAAGCAUUUCAAUCUGCCAUGAUUUCCGGGAAAGUUAUCGCGUUGUUGCUGAUCGCCAGAUUUGCUGUCGCACAAAACGACGUAAAGUGCACCCCGGAUGGAUGGAGAGCGAUUGGUAAAAACGGUAUGUGCGUGAGCACAGAUGACCUUGACGCCAAAUGUUCCGACAAGGAAGUCAGUGCAUCCCGAGUGGAUUGUAUGGGUUUCGAUGGCGCAUGGUGCUGUUACGUGCCCUUACCAAAAGCCAACUCGGCCAUGAAAGUCAAUGUCAAGCAGGCCAUGGCCCCGUCGGCUGGCUCAUACAAUUAUGGCACCACCUCUGUGGUGACUGUGCCACCGCCACCUCCUCCCCCAACCACCGCUUAUACUCCAGCACCGCCAGCGAGCACGACCACCCCGGCGCCCCCGCCACCCACCACCACUACCCCAUGACCCGCC